UGAUAUCUGUCAAUCAAAUUGUACAGCAGAUUUUCGGAAGAGGCGUUCAUUAAUUUACGUUUUUUGCCUAAAGCACAGUGGUAUUAUCGUUAAAAAUGCUUGCUAUAAUCAAUCGUAUCCUUGAUUGGAUUAAAAGCUUGUUCUGGAAAGAAGAGAUGGAGCUAACACUGGUUGGAUUGCAGUACUCGGGGAAAACAACUUUUGUUAACGUCAUUGCCUCCGGGCAGUUCAGUGAAGACAUGAUCCCUACAGUAGGAUUCAACAUGCGCAAAAUCACCAAAGGAAAUGUCACUAUCAAGGUUUGGGAUAUUGGUGGCCAGCCCAGGUUCCGCUCCAUGUGGGAGAGGUAUUGCCGAGGAGUUAAUGCUAUUGUCUACAUGGUGGACGCGGCGGACCCGGACAAGAUCGAGGCGUCCCGCAACGAGCUGCACAGCCUGCUGGAGAAGCAGCAGCUCACCGGCAUCCCCGUGCUCGUGCUCGGCAACAAGCGCGACCUGCCGCACGCGCUCGACGAGCACGGACUCAUCGAGCGGAUGAACCUGUCAGCUAUCCAGGACCGUGAGAUCUGCUGCUACUCAAUCUCGUGCAAAGAGAAGGACAACAUCGACAUCACACUACAGUGGCUCAUCGCGCACAGUAAGUCCGGCAGCGCGCGUUAAUCGCAUACCGAUAUCGACUCAAUGUGCAACACAUCUUUAGCACUUAAGGCGCAGUUUUGCCUGAACUUUCUUCGUAUUUAAUGUUCCUCGUUUGAUUACAUCUCUAUGCGACGAACGAACACGAAAUAUUAUCACAAUAUUGGUGACUUACACUGCACAAAAGACAAGUCUUUUGGCUUCGUGAAAAGUCAAAAGAUUGGCCUCGCGAAAAGACUAAAUAAUGCCUAAAUCAAAUUGGACUAUGACAUUACCAAACUGGUCGAUUUGAUCACGGAAAGUGGACUCUAACUGUCGUACUCAGAGACAUUUAAUGAUUACUUAAACUAUUCCUUAGGAACGAUUUUGUUCCGAAAACCAUUGCUUAGGACAAGUUUAGGUAACCAUUAAACGACUCUGAGUGUGGCGGUAUGUGGUAAUUUUCUUUGAUUAAGUCGAUUAUUCUAUAUACAUUUGGCUACGAGACUGAAAAGGGACAUUGAAGAGACUGCCAAGUAUACUCAUACUUCACAUGACUAUUUCCUGACUCUCGGUUCAUUUAAGAAAGAUUCGUGGGAAAUGAACUGCGCCUUAUGUAGACUGUGCUUUAAGAGAUGACAUUGUUGCAUUAUAUUGUAAGUUGCGAUCACAAUGGCGUUCAAUACUUUAUCGCAACGUACCUAUUACUUGAAUAAGUAAAUUAUAUUAGAAGUAGGAUUCCAAAACUACGUGUUUUACUUUUCUUUCGUGAAUUUAACACGUAUGCUUCUGUUUAAACCAAUAUUGUAAUCUUAAAGCAGUUUUGAUAGAAGGAACAAUAUUCUUUUUUUUGUAGUCUUGCCUCAAGUAUGUUUGAAUACGUUGUGAAUAAAGUAUUGUUCAAGCCAAACGUGUCGUGAUAAAUAAAUUUAGCUUGAGUAUUGCACUCUCUAAAACAAAUGUUGGAUGUGGUAAAUUAUCUUGUCACAACACAACCGUUGGCUUCAAUUUGUUUUCAUUGUUUGAAAAUGGUGCCAAGCUGUAAUUUCAUUUGUUAAGAUCAUAUAAUUAAUUAUUAUUUACAUGGAAUAUUUAUUGAAAUGCAAUAAUUAUGUGAAAAGAUAAUGUUGUCACAUUACAUAAUGUACGUUCACAUCUAAAGUAUAGUUUCUUCUAGAUUAAUUUAUUGAGAAAGACGUUUCUUGCUCUUCCUGCUGACGUUUCCUAUAUAUAUAUUUUGGAUAGUUAGAAUAUCACAUUAAAGUAAAAAUUAAACCUGAACAUAUCAAUUGUAUCGCGUUUAAUUUCCAGUAAAGUUGAACAUUUGAUCUGAGAGUUGCUAUAUUUUAGAUGCAGUACUAUCAUAGUCUAUCGUGUUAGACUAUUUAGAUUCCUUAAUAAUAUUAGCGUUAUAUAUUAUAAAUAUACUUAUCUCAUAUUGUUAGCUAAAAAAAUAAGUUUAAAGGUAUCUAAUGUGCGAAUAAUUUUGUUGUUUCCUCGUUAGGCGCAACCUGUAUAUAACAUGAACAAUCUACGUUAAUUAUGUAUAAAUUGAAGUACUGUUUUGAGGUAUGGACACAAUAUUUUACGAGAAUUUUCUAUACCAGGACCAAGAAAUCGUACGAAGUGAAAAGACUCCUAUUUAGGCUAAUGUGCUUAACGAUUUGCAGACAUAGAACCAUAGGCGCAUUGACCUACAAAAGUAGAUCGUUUAGGCUUGUAAUAAAGAUGAUUUUCCAUUGUAAAAUAGUGUCUUCAUGACUCAAAAACCAAUGAUCCUUAUUUAUUUUUGUCUUCCAACAAAAUUAUUCAUACACUAGCAAUGUUUUGUCGAAUAUAGAAAGUCACUAGAUGUGUAAUUAAUUGAAAUUGAAAACCCGCUUCGACUGCACAUUAUGUUUAUAUAAAUAAACGUUUAUAUAUAGUUAUAUCUUGUAAUAUACGUAGAUUUGACAAGAGAUGUUGGAGUUCUUAUUACAUGGCGCUGGUGUUGACAAAUGGUAAUUAUAUAAAAUUAUAUUCAAAACAUUGUACAAGCAAUUUGCGACACUAGCGCCAUUGAUAAGCGACAUGUAACUAAAUCAAGAUGUAACCUCUUUGCUGGAAGAAUGUCAGAGUAUUGAGUUAACAGCGUUUAGUAUUAUUUAAUUACGAACAUUAUAUUUGGAAGAUUAUCUCAAAUAGUUUCACUGAACAAUUGUUAUUUUUUGUUACCAAAUUAAAAAUUAUUAUUAUUUGUUCUCUUCAAAUAUGUAAGUUUACAAAUAAUCAACGAAAUUGAUUACCUUUGUACGGGAUAGGUUAGUCAAGAAUUUAACCAUAAUUAAUAAUAUUGAAAUUAAAUAAAUGUUAUAUUAUAUAAUCGUUAUACGGAGUUUUCACACGCAAAGACAAUAACUGGGACGAUUUAUUUGGUCUACGUAAAGGAAGCCAUACCAUGCUCAAAGAAUGCCUGUUUAGGCACUAUGUAUGGCGCUCUUUGCAAACAGUUACAAACUUAGUUUUCAUAUGUACUGUAUUUUAAAAACAUGAACCUGGAUAGAUAAAUUUUACAUAGGCAUAGCAGUUGUUACGUGAUUUAUACUAUGGGGGAUUUUUACCUGACUUGACAAACAUGGUUUUGUUAGUUAUCGCCCGAAUACUGAAAUGCUACUCAAUUUUAAGUUGUACUUAAAUAUCGUGCUAUCUCUGUCAUUUUAUAAAGAAUUGAUAGGGACAGAACUAGUUUUGAGAGCGUCUUAAAAUUGAGUAGCGUUUGAGUAUUCGGACAUUAAUCUCUUAAUCCUUGGCGAGCGUCAAGUCUGCAACGAUCUUAAAACGUAGCAUUCCAAUUUUCAUUAAAAAUUAUUUGAGGUAUUUGUUCAAUUAUAAUAAUUAUAUUAUUUUUUUAUAUAUAAUGGUGCGUUUAUAUCGUAUGGCUGUAACUUAUCUUUUUCUAUAAAAUAAUAUAACACACGCAAAGAUGUAAUGAAAAUCAAAGUGUCUUAUUUUAACAUUAUAAUAGCCUUUAUAAUAAUACUCAGUUCACAUCAGCGCAGAAUCGAAGCGUCAAUCAGAUGUGUCAUAGCAAAUUCACUCUUUUUUCUGGAAUAUGUAUAAUUGUAUACAUUUUCCUUUUAGGAUAUAAGUCAGCGUGAAUUCCGUAGAAUUUCGGUGUUUCUUGUUCGGGGUUCGUUACCUUGAGGAGAUUUGGGUUUUUAUGAAGUAAAUGAGCAGACUGAUCACCUGAUGGAAAGCGAUUAGCGCCGUCUGAGGGCACCUAUAACACCAAAGGAAGUGCGUCUCCGGUAAUUUUUUAAGGCUUGAAGCGCAGAAGUGAAGCGUAAAUCAGAAAUGACACAGCAAAUUCUUUCUUAUCUCCGGAAUUUAAUGUGCAUUUUCCUUCCAGGAUAUGAGUCAGCUGUCUGAACAUUUCAUUUCUCUUCAGAGUAGUCGGAUAGGAAAAGCCGGCCUCAUCUAGCUAUUUCAAAUAUUGACGUGUAAAAGUGUUAUUUUGUAACCUACUUGUAGAAAUAAAUAUCAUUUAUCAUUUACCUCGCUUACCACCUGAUGGUAAGCCAUCAGCGCCUGAAGACUAGAACACCUGCAACACCAGAGAAGUUAAAAGUGCGUCGCUGGCAUUUUCUUCAAGGCUUGAAGGUCGUAUCGGUUCGGAAAUACCACCUUCGUAAAUCCUGGUGAACAUUAUAUGAUGGUGAUUGAGGAAGUGCUGUUGUUUACGAUUGACGGUCGCUAGGUGAAUUUGCUAUCACAUUGAUUCAUAAAUAUGAUGCUGUGAUACUCUAUUACUGCGCUAAUGUGAAUUGACACUAAGGAUUGUUGAUCAUUUGCUCAGAAUAACGCUGUUACCAGAUAUUUAGCAGGAGUUUGGAUCUUUAUACGAUAUGUACUUCGUUAUAUAAUGGUUCUAUUACCACUAAAAGAUUGUUAUUAUUGUCUAUUUAGUUCGAUCGAUAUGCAAAAAUAUGAGAAAAAAAUUCUAUCGAUAUUUUUAUUUGAAAUCGAUUUUAAUUUUAAAUUCAGAACCUACAACUUAGCUAACAUUUAACGUUGGAUUAGUCUGAUGUAUGUAGAUUGUUUGUAAACAUUUGUAGAUUUUCGAACAAAAUAAUUUAAAAAGUAAUUUAAGGCCUUUUGCUAUAUACAAUAGAGUUUAAUUUAGCUUGUCUGUUGAAGACUGUCUCUGUAACUCGAGUUUGGUUAUGCUUUUAUACGAAUUUCACUAUAACCGCAGUUUGUGCAGUGCAGUUUAUUUUUCUGCCUCGCCUGAGGUUAUUUGGAUUAGGCUGAAUCACUAAGAAACCGAUUGUUUCUUUCUUAUUAAGUUUAUUAAAAUAAAAGGCAUGAAUUUGAAGAAAA